AUGUCCAUGUCAACAGCUGCCGAGUUAAACGAUGUUGCAGUGGGACAAUGCGCACGACCAAAGCCAACCGACAUUGGCAGCCCUUGCCCACUGUUAAAUGCCCUUGCAAACCACGGGUAUCUUCCCCGCGAUGGCAGGAGCUUUCACCAAGCAGAGCUUUCGGCAGCCCUGAAGAAGGUCGGCCUGUCCCCGACACUUCGCCUAGUACUCAGCAACCCCGUGUUUCUCGAGCAUCAGACAGCAGCGGGAAGUCAGCAGCAGAGACCGGCCUCUUCAUGGAGCAAGCUGUGGUAUCUCAUGCGGAAUCCGUGGGCAGUCUUCUUCUCCUUUUUCGGCAUGCGCAGGCCCGGACAGCAGGACGACAGCGGCGAACCGGUGCUCGAUUUGGAUCAGAUUGGGCUCCCUGGGGUUGCAGAGCACGACAUAUCCCUUACACGUCGCGAUGUUGCCCAAGGCGAUCAUCUGAAGGCAGAGCCGGAUUCGGUCGAGGGGCUAUUGGCAUCCUCCCCAGAUGGCGGGAAAACAAUGACAGCGGAGGACUUUGCCUCUCUGCGUAAGCGUCGGAUGGAUGCGCAGAAGCAAGACAACCCAGGGCUCUUGUACGGACCGUUGCAGCAUCGCAUUAGCUGUGCUGAGAUUGCGCUUGUGCUCUGUGUUUUUGGAGACGACACCAAAGUCCCAUGA